AUGUCGGGUUAAAUCCUUAAUAAACUUAUUGAAAUUCCCCGGUUCUGAUAAUUAAAGUCUCUAACAGGUAUCCAUUCUUUAGAUUAGAGAUGCCUCCCUCGAAGAAAAGCAAAGGUAAAAGCAACUCAGCCGAGUUAACUCAGCCGGCUGUUUCAACUCCCAAAAUUCCGGCGUGCAUCCGCGCCAUUCCUCCGUCGUCCGUCGCCAUCACGAUCCACGCCAAGCCAGGGUCCAAAAUCGCCACCGUCACUGACUUGGAUGACGAUGCAGUUGGUGUCCAAAUAGACGCACCUGCUAAAGAUGGUGAAGCUAAUGCUGCCCUAAUAGAUUAUAUAAGCUCCGUUAUUGGGGUCAAAAGAAGACAAGUUUCUAUAGGUUCUGGAUCGAAAUCCAGGGAUAAGGUCCUCAUUGUCGAGGAUGUUACUUUGCCGGGUGUUUUUGAUGCUCUCGCCAAAGUUUUGAAAGAUCAGUGACGGAAACAUCAGAUCAAAUGAAAAGAAUUUACAGGGCAGAACUCGAGACUCUGAUCGUGUAAAUAGGUGCUAAAUGUGCAAGUACAUGAAAAUACUCUUUAUUACCUCUUCUUGAUCGAUGUCCUACUAUUUUGUAUUGGUCUGUAGUGUAGUGAAUUUCAACUGAUGUUGCCAGAUUCGGCUUCUCCAUUUUUGCAUUUAAAAAGUUCAUGUCA